CUAGGUGCGAUGUCAGAAAAACUAAGGAGAUGCAGGAAGGAACUGACUGCAGCUAUAGACAGGGCAUUUGAAGAUUUCACAGCUCCUUUCUGUCUCUCAGAAGAUUGCCUCAAUAAACAGAAUUCAGACUUGCAGACAGAGACACCUUCCUCCUUGCCCCAAAUGAACAGAGUUAGUUACAGAAGAGAUCCUAUUUCUACCUUAACUUCCUAUCUCGACCAGUCUGCAGCAGUCUCCUGUGUGCUAGAAAAAAAGACUCCUGUCUUCAUACCAAACCUUAUUCCAGUAAGCAUUGCCCAAAAUCCCUUAUGCCCAAAGAGAGAACCUUUGACAAGUAAGGAAAAUACUUGGCUACGUUCUUCCAUUUUUGUGUCUGACAGACAUCUUCCAAGAACUCUGGGGGACAGUGAGAGAUGGAGGAAAGGACAUGCGAGCAAAGAUGCUGAAAGAUGCAUGAAGUCAGAAGCAAACAUAGCUGUCAAUGCUGUCUUCCAGGACAUUCAGCAGGAUCUUCCUGACACACCCGGGAACCCAAACAGUUGGGGUAUAGAGGAGUUAGCAGGCCAGCUGGCCCUAGUGAAUGUUAGCAGAGUUCACAGGCACUCAGGUGAGCCCCCACUUAGAGAUGAUGUUUUAUCCAUCUUUAUGGAUGCGAGCAGCAGCUCUGAGACAAGGCACCGAAGACCAACAUUGAGGAUGAAGAGUAUCCAGACAGUUCUGGAUUUGGAAGAGGAUUACAGCACAGCCGUCUCUGCUCUGCACCAACUGAACUAGGGAAACUGGCUCAAAGGUUUACAUAGGCAAAAACCUAAGAAACAACGUUCUUAAACAUGGAGCCUUCUGAGGGAAAAAAAAUGGCAGAUUCCAUGUAAUAUAAAGGUUCAAUUAAAAUAAUAGUAAUUUGCAAACUCUCCCUUCUUUAUGCCAGUGUUUUGUACCAUUCAUGUUUUCUUCUGAGUGCUGCUUUUUCU